AUUUUGCAGCUCCGCGCGGCUGGUCGCACUGGUGAAGCCAGCUGUUUCCCGCGUUUUUGAUUCGCGAAUUGCAAUUGGCAAAAGUGCAGCGGCAGUGGAAAGUUGGAAAAUAGCGCAAGCCGCAGGGAACACCUCAAAAUGCAACGCACUUCGCUCACGUAGAAUUUGCACUUUGUACCGCAAGCGAUUGGCAACAGACCGCAGUCCAAAAAACAGACCGUUUCCAGCAGCCGAUUGGGACGACUAUUCGUCCCGCCAGAACUAUUCACCAUGUUUGUCCAGGAUCUGCGCAACGACUUCUACCGCCAGCUGGUUGGCAAGCGCAUCUUGAUCGUGGUCAACUAUGACAUCGAUGCCAUCUGCGCCAGCCGCAUCCUGCAGGCCCUGUUUAAGUACGACCACAUGCUGUAUACCGUGGUGCCCAUCAUGGGCGUUACGGGUCUGAAGAGGGCCUAUGGAGAGCACCAGGGCGAUGUUAAGUACGUGGUGUUGAUGAACUGCGGCGGCUGCGUGGAUAUUGUGGAGCUCCUGCAACCGGCGGAGGACGUGACCUUCUUCAUCUGCGACUCACAUCGCCCUUUGGAUGUCUGCAACAUCUACAGCGAUCGGCAGGUGUGCAUCUUGGGGGAUGCCUCCUUGGAGGAGAAUAUUCCCGCUUUCGAGACCAUUUUCUAUGACUCUGAUGGCGAGGACGAGGAAGAGGAAGAGGACGAGUCCUCUGACCCGGAACAGCAGCAUAACGACAGUGGUGCCGGGGAAUCGGAUCAGGAGGAUGAGGCGCCAAAGAGCCGUAAGCUUAGUCGCCUGGAGCGGCACGAGCAGCGCAUUCUGAAGCAGCGAGCCCGCCGACAGUGGGAGUCCGAGCGCGACAGGAUAAUGUUCGAGUACACACAGUUUAGCUACUACGGCAGGUCCGCCGCUUUGAUGGUUUUCGAGUUGGCCUGGAAGCUCUCGAAAGACAACAUGGACCUCCUCUGGUGGGCCAUUGUGGGCAUCACGGAGCAGUUGCUGCUGGGCAAGAUCGAAAGUGGAUCGUACACGUUGGAACUGGAGCAGAUCCAGUCGCAUGUCUCACGGCUGACGAACAAAACGAAUGAUCAGAACACGAUGAGUGCAUCCAAGAUUACGUUUGAGAAUGAUUUGCAUCUGGUUUUGUACCGCCACUGGCCCGUCACGGAGUCCAUGAGGUAUUCCCGCUACUCCUCAUGCCAGCUGAAACUGUGGACACUGCGCGGCGAGAAGAGAUUACACGAGCUCCUGCUCGAGAUGGGACUGCCCUUGGUGCACGCCCGCCAAACGUACGGAGCCAUGGAUUUGGUGCUGCGCAAGGAGUUUUUCUCGAUGGUGGAGCGCCUGGCGGAGAAGUACGACAUAGCGGACAUAGUCUAUGGAACUUUUACGCUGAGCUACGGUUACCGCAGUAGAUAUGCUGCGGCGGACUACGUAUAUGCCCUGCUCGCCAUCAUGGAGUCUGUGAAGAAGCACAAGACUCCGGAGGAUUGCUUUCUGGAGGCCUCCGAUGCUCUGAGUCGUCAGCACAAGCAGCUUCUGUCUGCGGGAAUCGACCAGGCGAAACUUUUGCACGCUGCUGUUUUCCGGCAGGUGCAGAGCAGCUUGGAAGCACGCCAAGUUCACUCAGCUGGCUCCUUUUUCUACUACGUUCUGCAGGAGGAACACGCGUUCUUCUCAUACCCCUACGCCCUCGGCCUGCUGGCACGCUUUCUGUUGCGCGGACAUGUGGCCACGAGUAGGGCCAGACAGGCUCCGGAUUUGCCGCUGAUCGCGAGUUGUCCCUUGGACGCCGCGGAGGGCAUGUGCUUGCUGGUGGGCAUUGUGCCUGUGAGGGAAGAUUCUCCGCGAAACUUCUUUGGCAAGGCCUUCGAGCAGGCGGCGCAAAAGAGUGGGGUUGCUCUACUGCAGGACUUCUUUGAGCCUGCGGUGGUGCAGCUGCGGCAAAGCGACCUCACCCGCUUCCUGGACUCACUCACGGUUCUGUUGACCUGAUCCAAACAUCGUUCUACCUGCUACCGACAUCCCUGCUCAAUCAUAUUGCGUGCUAAGCUAGUUUUUAAGUCGAGCGACCUCAGUUGUACACUUAGCUUAAGAUUUUACCAUACCCUAUUUAUGUGCGAUUAUGUGUCACUAACUUUUACAUUGCGCCCA